GCCCCGGCUUCACGUCGUCCUUCCACUUCCAUACCUCCGUAAAAAAGCCCAUCUGCAGCUCCGUACAAAACCUCCCAUCUGCGGUGAGGGUUUGCUAGAAGCCUCGGAUCUUCGCCGAGAAAGCCUCGAGAGGAUUCCUGGGAAGAGGGAGUGGUUGAGUCAUGGGCAACUCUUGCGCCAAAGAUGCUGGCCGAUCAAACCCAUGUCUGGCCAAUGCUACACCUUCUUCAAGGGAGCAGACAACAUCCAAUGCCAAGAAAAAGUCCAAUGCCACACCUUCCCCAAGGGAGCAGACAAUGUUCAAUGUCAAGACAACGUCCAAUGCCACACCCUCUCCAAGGGAGCAGACAACCUUCAAGUGGGCCAUUGAUGGUUUCUCCUCGCUUCUUGACAAGGAUCAAGGAUGGACACGAUCCACAGUAUUUGAGAUCAUGGGUGUAAACUGGUAUCUAAAACUGAAUCCAAAGUACAAAAAGAUCAAUGAUGAGGAGGAGUAUGUCUCUCUCAAGCUUCAACAGGUGCAGAGUUCAGUGAAACUUGACACUGUCGUUGAGGCAUCUUUCAAGUUAAUGAUAUAUGAUCAGUCCGAUGGAAAGCAUAGGGAGCAGCUUGUUAACCACAGCUUCCAGACUGCAAGUACGACAUCUGGCAUCUCAUGCAUGUUACCCCUGAAAACACUACACAAACAGUCCUCUGGAUUUCUUGUCAACAACAGCUGCAUAUUUGGUAUUGAGUUCAUCAAAGUUGCCAUUAUCAAAGUCAACACCACGUUAGAAACACUGUUUGUCAGGAAGAUGGACGUCUUCAACGAGCCCAAAGUUUACACUUGGGAAAUUGAGGAUUUAAAAACUGAGGAUUUCUUUGCUCUAAAGAAGACAUCCUACUCACCAGAGUUCGAAAUCGGUGGAUACACAUGGUUAAUCCGUAUGUAUCCAUCUAGGGAUGGUAACCACCUGUCCUUAUUUCUGAGAAUGAAUAAGACAAAUGACCUCCGCAAAGACUCUGGGAACCUGGUCGAAUUUACUUUAUCCAUCAAAAACCAAGAAAACGGCGAGGACUGGAAAUUAACAGGCAGUGCCCAGUUCUCAAGCAGUAGUCCUGGAUGGGGAUGGGACAAGUCCAUUUCGCUGGAGGAUUUCAAGGACGCAUCAAAAGGUUAUCUCAUCAAAGGCAAGUGUUGCAUUGAGGCUGAAGUCGCAAUCAUUGGCUCUUCCAACACAGAGUACUCUCAGUAAUUUGUGAGAUCUCAUGAUUAGUGUUUAUCCUCGCUAGAACCAGCUAUAUUUAAUGUUCCCCAUCACGGCCAUCACCAUGGCAUCGAGACUCUCUGUUUGCUUGGAACUAUAGAUAGCUCAACGUAUCACCUCUUCAGGUUUUAUUCUAUCGAUAAGACAUCAAAUGUAUGGCUUUGACUAUUUUGAAUGUGAUCUAAGUUGGCAAUCUU